AACGUCGUUAUAGACCAGGUGUGGCUGUUGUAGAUGGAAGAAUAUACAUUCUCGGAGGAGAAGAUGGUUGGGAGCAUUUCCAUGACACAAUCGAAUGUUACACGCCAACUUUGGACUCUUGGACCAUAGUUGGUGAAAUGUUGACUGGCCGAUCUUGGUUGUCCUGUGCACCACUUAGGAUAAAAAAAGAGAUUCUAGGUGAUUUGGCAACACCUAUGUCUUGACAUCCACGAGCCUCCACUAAUCAGGCACGGAACACUCUGUGGAAAUAAACACAGAAAAUCUGUGUCCUCUUCCUCUUCUGCCUUGAGGUCGUUGUAAUCUUGUGAGAAGAAAACCUAUUCAUAGGAACUGAAAGUAAUGUAUGAUUAGUAGUUGUAAAAUCAUGUCAUGUUAUCAGAGAUUUUUUUCAUCGAACAUAAAUGGUGUUUAGAAAGGAGAGAGCAUUUUGGUGGAGGCUCCAUGUUAAUAUGAAGAGAAUUGUACGGUACUAUUCAAUUUUAUACAUUUUUUUAUAUUGAGGUUUGAUUUAAGUAUUUUGUUAUAGAUUUUUAUACUUUAUUCAUGAGAAUGGUCAUAAAUAGUUAAUCAGUGCUGAUUAAGUCAUCAAGGAAUGUCAGAUGUUUAUGGUAAUUUAUUUUUGACAAAAUUCUGAAUUGCAUGAAUAUGUCCAUUAAAUUACAUAAAUGUAAAAUGUUUGCCACUGCAUGGCUUGAUCACCUUUUUAUGUUACCUUUGUGCUGGCUGCUAUAUAUUUAAUUUUAACUAACUGCAUAAUGAUGGUUCAUGUAAUUAUCUUUUUGAAAUGUCCAUAUUAAUCGUUUUCAUUUCACUUUAAUGGCAUAGUGAUGUAUUUCUGAUGUGUAACACAACUUCGUGUUGGAUGUAAGUGUGCAGAUCUGGGAAGAUUUUCUUUCUGGUCAUCAUAGUCACUCAGGACUCUGUACAGUGUUCACGGCUGGAAUGAAUAAUAACUAGUAGCAUCAUAAGGAAAGAAACAAUAGGAUUAAUGGAGGAUAAAGGAUGCUUGUUACAAAGUUGUUUGGAAGGAUUUAGACUUCCACAAAAUGGCUAAGUAGAAAAAAGUUGAGAGAUCCUUUGUCAGACAUAAUUCUCAGUUCAUUUAGGUUCCUUUGAGAGUGAUAUCCUUUUAAUAGAACCUACCAUGCUUAAACUUGUGAUAUAUUCUUAGGGCAUUACUUACCUUAUUUUACCUGGUAAAAUUAGAAAUGUGAACACUAUUUAGGAAUAUCAAAAUUUACUCUCAACUCCAAUAGCUCUUGAUCUCUUAUAUAACCCAUUGCUGCUCACACCAGACCAGAACAACCUGUUGCUCUUUUCAUUAUCAAUUUUUUUUCUUGCAUGAUAGCAGGAAUUCCUUUGCGAUAUUUUGUUCUCUUACCAUUACCUGCGGCAAAUGUUUAUUCUGUAAACCAGGCAAUAUAUCACUGUUUAUCCAUAGACACCUGCAAUAGUAACAAAGCUGCUUUGUGAUUAUCUCAUUUUUACGUAAGUUUUUAUGAUGAUUGCCUGUAAUCAAAGAAAACAAAAUGUUCUGUGUUUUGAGAUGUGUUAGAUUGUUAUCUCCACUGUUAAAUGCAUUUUGUUUUUCUAUUUUGUAUAGAUGAAAGUUUUUUUUUUUUUUUUUUUUUUUUUUUUGUCUUAUGUUAAGUGCUGAACUGAAAUGGGGCUAAGGAUAGUAAAGAUAGGUGUUAGAACUGAAGUAUCUUGUGCUUUGCAUAAGAAUUGGACAUAUUAAGAAACCAGUAAAGCCUCUUGGUUGUUCAUUGGUACAGCUAGUGGAACAUAGUAUGUGCUGUAAUGGGGACUGUUUCAGUGUUCUUGUCAUUAAGUGUAUGACUUCAGGAAUUAAUGCAAAAGAGAAAAACAAAGCUAGUUAGCCACAUUCUUAGCUUUGUGUGUUCUCGUAGGUUCAGGUAGUGACAUCAUGGCAGCAGAUGACAUGCACAUCCAGUGUUGCAGUAGAUGACAGAUAACUGCUGGCAAAAAUACCAAUGAAAUCCAGAAUAACAUAAAACAGGCAUUAGACAAUGGACCUAUUUCUUUGCUUUUGUUAGAACAGUGAGGCAUUUUGUUGUGUGCAUAAUCUCAGUGUUCCUACUAGCAAAUGCCAUAAUUUUGUAGUUGCUUUCCUUUUUUUUAAGUUUUAAUUUGUAUAUUAUUAAAUUCCUUUUUGUAUUAUGUGUAUGCAUAAUUCAUAUACGUAUUUAGUAAGAGACACUUGCUUCUCUUUUCACAUAGCUGCAUUAUCGGUGAA